UGUAUAACUUAUACGCGAUGCAGUCGGGCUUUCUACUUUUCAUAUUUCUGACUUUGCUCUGCAUAUGUCAUGGUAAUGAAAAAUGCUAUGAGAUUCAUAGCGUAACUCAAUCCGAAUUGGAAUCUAUGCCGAGAAACACAAUUUUGGAUGGUCUUCCACUUAAAAUGAAGUGUUUUCUUAAGUGUCUAAUGGAUGAUAUUUUGGGAGUUGACGGAAGGAUUGAUUUAAGUCGAAUUGAUGGAAAUGAAGAACUUGAACCGAGACGCAAUAAGCUGGAAAAAUGCAAAGAGCGUUACGAUUCGUAUAUUAUCAAUAAUGCUGAUGAGGCCUGUGAUUACGCUGUAAAAGUUCUGCAAUGCUUGCGUGUUACUAAAAACUAAAAUGCUAAACUGAUAACCUUUUUAACUUUUUCUAAUAUAUUUUCCAUAUAUGUACGUACGU